ACUCCUCCCAUUGCACUUUGCCUCCUCACAGUAGAAGCUCCUGCUUUAAUUCAGUACAAAACUUUUCAUUUACUAUUAUUACAUCCGUCGGAUCAUCAUUGGAUAUUAUGGCGACAGCAGUCUCAACUGUCGGAGCAGUCAACCGUGUACCGCUGAACUUGCAUGGAUCUGGGGCCGGAGCUGCAGUCCCCAGCUCAGCCUUCUUAGGCAGCAGCUUGAAGAAGGCGAAUUCGACAUAUGUUCCCAAGGCCUCAUCAGGAAAUUUCAAGGUUGUGGCCGAGAUUGAUGAGAGUAAACAGACCGAUAAGGACAAAUGGAAGGGUCUUGUCACUGAUGUUUCCGAUGACCAACAAGAUAUCACCAGAGGAAAGGGUAUGGUCGAUUCACUCUUCCAAGCUCCCACGGGAAUGGGAACUCAUGAUGCAGUCCUCAGCUCCUACGAAUACGUCAGCCAAGGACUUCGCACGUUCAACUUUGACAACACCAUGAGUGGAUAUUACAUUGCUCCUGCCUUUAUGGAUAAGCUUAUUGUCCACAUCUCCAAGAACUUCAUGACCUUGCCUAACAUCAAGGUUCCUCUUAUCUUGGGUAUUUGGGGAGGCAAAGGUCAGGGUAAAUCAUUCCAGUGUGAGCUUGUGUUUGCCAAGAUGGGAAUCAACCCUAUCAUGAUGAGCGCCGGAGAACUGGAAAGUGGAAAUGCAGGAGAGCCCGCGAAGCUCAUCAGGCAAAGGUACCGUGAAGCGUCUGACAUUAUCAAGAAGGGUAAAAUGUGCUGCCUCUUCAUUAAUGAUCUUGAUGCCGGUGCCGGACGUCUUGGUGGAACCACCCAGUACACAGUCAACAACCAGAUGGUUAACGCUACACUCAUGAACAUUGCUGAUAACCCGACCAACGUGCAACUCCCGGGUAUGUACAACAAGGAGGAUAACCCCCGUGUCCCAAUCAUCGUCACUGGUAACGAUUUCUCAACACUGUAUGCCCCUCUCAUCCGUGACGGUCGUAUGGAGAAAUUCUACUGGGCACCCACCCGUGAUGACCGUAUUGGUGUUUGCAAGGGUAUUUUCCAUACUGACAAUGUUCCUGAUGAAGAUGUUGUCAAACUUGUUGACACUUUCCCCGGUCAAUCCAUUGAUUUCUUUGGUGCUUUGAGGGCACGAGUGUAUGAUGACGAAGUAAGGAAGUGGAUUGGUGGUGUCGGAGUCGACAGCAUUGGCAAGAAGCUCGUUAACUCGAGGGAAGCACCUCCAACAUUCGAGCAGCCAGAGAUGACCCUGGAGAAGCUUCUUCAGUAUGGUAACAUGCUUGUCCAGGAGCAGGAGAAUGUGAAGAGGGUGCAAUUGGCUGACCAGUACUUGAGCUCUGCUGCACUUGGAGAUGCUAACAAGGAUGCUAUUGAAAGUGGAACUUUCUUCAGUUCCUAGAGCUCUUGCUCCUACAGGCCUGGAUAGGAGGGAAAAUAAUGUUCGAGUGCCUUAAGGUUGUACUGAUCCUUAUGCAACUAACUAUUAUCCCACUGCAAGAAGUGAUGUGGAACCUGCUUGCUUCUGUACAUUUUAAUUGUGUCUGUGUUGAGUGGAAAUGAAUUUUGUUAUUUUUUUUUUUUUUUGGGUGUCAAUAAUAUUGGUACCUGUUGUUCCUUUGGAUUGUUGUCUUGUAAUUUUGUGUUUUCUUUAAUGAAGUCUCUUUCCUAUAAA